AGAGAGAGAGAGAGAGAGAGAGAGUCAUCUUCUUUUCUUCAAACAGCCAUUCAUGUCCACACAAAUAACCAACUCCACACCCCCAACAAAAUGGGAAACGCUGCCACUCUCUUCCCUUCACUCUCUCCCCAUGGCUGCCCCCACCGCUGUUCCCCGCAAUCCCUUCUCUCUUACCAAUCACCACGCUUCAAGAAUUUUCUCACUCGAUCAUCACACUUUCUCAAGAAAGUAUCCCACUAAAAUCCAUCCAAAGAUAUUCCCAGUUGCUUUCAAUGGCGUCCGUAUCUCACAUAACCAGCCAAAUCCCCUCGAAACUGCGAAAACACCCGCUAGAGCAUUGGGACCUAAUCCACACUUCUUGCGAUUGGGUCCUCACAACACCCACUCUACUAGGAGGAUUCAGUCCAAAUCCAUGGGUUCAGACAGUAGUUUUUCUUCCAGAAGCCUUCAAAGUGUGUCCGGUGUAUUACAUUUGGUUGUCUCACUGGGGAUUAUACUAGCAAUGGAUAAGGUAUUGAAGAAGGCAUUUGUGGCAGCUGCCAUUAAGUUCCCAAGCGCCCUUUUUGGGAUGUUUUGUGUAUUCACCAUUCUCAUGGUUCUUGAUUCUACCAUCCCGGCUGCUGCCACUAGUUUGAUGAACUUCUUUGAGCCCGCACUUUUGUUUAUCCAGAGGUGGCUUCCAUUGUUCUAUGUUCCUUCAUUGGUGGUUUUGCCUCUUGCGGUUAAAGAUAUCCCCGCCGCUUCUGGGGUUAAGAUCUGUCUCAUUAUAGUUGGAGGCUGGCUGGCUUCGCUCUCUGUGGCUGGUUUUACAGCUAUAGCUGUGAGAAAGAUGGUAAAAACAGAAAUGAUACCUGCUGAGCCUAUGUCAAAACCACCUCCUUUUUCUUCUUUAGAGAUACAGACCUGGAGUGGUAUUUUUCUUGUGUCAUUUGUUGCCUCACUUCUGUACCCUACAGCACUUGGAACAGGCGCAAGAACAUGCCUUCCAUUUCUACUUGCUUCUACUGCGCUUGGCUAUAUGGUUGGUUCUGGGUUGCCAUCUGAUCUGAAAAAGGUCUUCCAUCCAAUUAUUUGCUGUGCACUAUCUGCGGAUAUAGCAGCUUUGGCUUUUGCUUAUCUUUCCAACUCUGGAAUUGAUCCUGUUCUAGGAUAUUACCUUACGAAAGUCUCAUCAAACCCUGGAGCUGGUGACAUUUUGAUGGGAUUUUUGGGAUCAGUUAUUAUAUCUUUUGCCUUCUCUAUGUUCAAACAGAGAAAGCUUGUUAAGAGGCAUUCAACUGAAAUUUUCACAUCAGUUGUCAUUUCAACAGUAUUCUCAUUGUAUUCAACCGCUCUCAUUGGACGUCUAGUUGGGUUGGAACCAUCUUUAACAAUUUCAAUUCUACCCAGAUGUAUAACAGUGGCCCUAGCCCUCAGCAUUGUGUCCUUGUUUGAAGGUGCCAAUUCAUCUCUCACAGCUGCUGUUGUUGUAUUAACUGGUCUGGUUGGAGCAAACUUUGUGCAAGCAAUGCUGGACAAACUCCGCUUUGAUGAUCCUAUUGCUCGAGGCAUUGCAACUGCAUCUAGUGCUCAUGGACUGGGAACAGCAGCAUUAUCAGCAAAGGAACCUGAGGCUCUCCCGUUUUGUGCCAUUGCUUAUGCUCUCACUGGUAUAUUUGGUUCUCUUUUAUGCUCAGUCCCUGCUGUCAGACAAAGCUUGCUUGCAGUUGUGGGUUAAAACAAUCAGCCCCUCAAAUUGUACGCUCGUUGGUAAAUCAUUAUUUCUUUGAGUCGAGUUCCAGCAUUGUAAAAAGGGAUUCUAGACACAUGUUGAUAAAAGAAAAUCCUUGAUAUUUAUAGCUUUGAUGAUGUACAUAGAUGUACUAGCAUAUUUGUUGGGAAGCCCUGCCGUUCAUUUCAUAGAAAGUUGUGUUUUGUUUGUGAGAUAUGCCAGAGAAAAGUUUAUAAAUUGAGCUUUAGCAUUUGACAAAA